AAGUGAUGUGGUAUUAGACCUGAUGUAGCUAGUGCAUGAUGCAUAUUAAUAUUCAAUUUUGUGUUUUGGUCAGUAGCCGUGGGGCCCAUAAUAUAGAUCAGAUUACGAUUUUUAGCUCUUCUUAUUGAUAGCAAGUAAUGCCACUGCAGUAUAAUAUGUAUGUGAAUACAUCUUGAUGCACAUAUUUUUACGGCUGCAGGAGGACUAUCGUUGUCACUCCUGUUUUGCGUUUGCAAGUGUAGGUGCAGUGGAAGGAGCACAUGCCAUCGCAUCACGUGACCUUGUUGCACUGAGCGAGCAAGAGAUCUUAGACUGCUCAAAGCCAUACGGCAAUGCAGCUUGUCAGAAUGGUAACUACAUAUCGUCGUGGGAGUACAUAAUCAAAAAUGGAGGAAUUGACACGAGUGCAUACUAUCCCUACAAGUCAGUGAGUGGCUUUUGUAACUUCAGUCCAGACUAUGUUGGUGCUAAGAUUACGAGUAUUCGAGUUAUCGAGUCAGGCAAUGAAGAGGCACUAGCUGAGGCUGUGCAAAUGGAAGGUCCUGUGACUGUUGCGAUUGACCAUAUGCACAGAGUGUUUCAGUUCUAUAGGGAAGGUGUCUACAGUUCCAGCAGCUGCAGUACUGAUCCGAGAAAUGCUACUCAUGAAAUGGUUGUCGUGGGAUACGGCACAGAUGCUACCUACGGAGCUUAUUGGAUCGUAAAAAACAGCUACGGUACAACCUGGGGAGAUGGUGGGUACAUUCUAAUGCGAAGAGGUGUAAAUACAUGCGGCAUAGCAUCUGACGCUGGAUUUCCUGUGGUAUAGAACAAUCUAAUUAUGUGACAGUGUUUUCAUGUAUCAAUUUUGUGUUCAGUAUUGUGUUUUGUGCUUUUUAUAUCUAUAGCAGCUCAUUGCUCUUGCUCUUGGUGCAUUAAAAUUUGAGAGGUAGUCUAUAUCCAAUAGUUCAUAGACUAAUAAACAUAACUUUAUUCAUAGUCUUCAUUGGGGUUAUGUA